AUGUUACUGCAUCUAUCUGACGUACAGCAACAUCGCGAUAGUUUUCGUUCAUAUGUGGCGGCAUAUGACAGUGAUAUAGCGGUUAAAGAGAUUAAUGAAGCACCGAAUUUCGUUCUCUUGAAUGGAGAAAUAGUAUCAUCACAAUGCGACGAUGUGUUACUCUAUCCACCCUUCGAGGAUAAUUACUUCGGAAAGCUUUAUUGCACCAACUUUCGCAUUUGCUUUGUUCCACUGGCCCGAAAGGUU